AUGGGUGUCCCCGUGGUGUUGGCGACGAUGGCUGCGUGCGGCAGUAUCGUGACGUCGAUCAAGUCGAGCUGGGAGCUCCGCCGCAUGAUCAAGCGGAAGCAAGAGGCGAGAGAAUGUGACGACGAGGCACCCUACAUAUUCCGCCGUCUGCGCAGAGCGUACUACGACGGACUGAUGAGUACUUUGGAAUAUGAGCAGUGGUACGAGAAGUUUCUGGUCGCCAAGGUGGAGAAGGAUAUGACCGGUAUGCGCAGAAUCCGAGCGCAUCUCAGAAUUCUCGAAAACGGGGCCCCAGUAGCACCCUACCGACGGUCGAGAGGCAUCGACCAAGACCGGCGACGGCACUCGGUGUCAUACGGUACCAGCCAGCCGUACGUUGACUUUCCGCAAGAAAGACCGAGCCUUGAAUACCAUCCAAAUGGACGUGCGAACGUUGGCACACGCCCGGAUCAGUUUAGUCGCCUCGAGCGACAAGCAACGUACAGCCUGGCAUCCUCGUCGGACACCUUAUCCAGGGGCCGGAGUCGCAGCACCUCGGUCGGGCAGCAAUUCAGGGGUCAAAACGAGAGGAGGCAUGAUAGCUAUGACAGUGCCGAUGGCAGCGACUAUUACUCGGAGAAGAAGCACUACCGGGGCAGAAUACGGAAGAUGGCGACAGUAGCACCCCCACCAUCCAAACGGCAAAAGAGAGAGGAGAUUGAACGCACACAGACGCAGCAAGAUGUCGCCCCGCUCCUGGCAACCGACCUCGGGUCCUUCAAGGCCAAUUUUGUCGACAGCGAUGGCAACCAGAUGGCCGACGUAAUUGAGAUCAACUUUGCCGAUGCCACCGAGAAAAAUGUGUCAACGCUGCUCAAUACCUUGCUGGGGAGGGACCGAGAAGACUUCACCCCAUAUCGCUUCCGCAUCCAUAUCCCUGGCAAAGACGUUAUUAUAGACCAGUACCCUGCCGACCUACUGGGCCUCCUCCAGAAACAUGGCGUGACCAAUCCCUUCGACGCAGAGCCCCAAGCUGUCUUCAAGGUCCACGCCGUUUCGCGUCUCGCUCAUCGAAUUCCCGGCCACGGCCAGCCGAUCCUUACCUGUCAAUUCUCCCCAAUAUCAUCGAGCCGUCUAGCGACAGGGAGCGGUGAUAACACGGCACGCAUCUGGGACACAGACUCGGGUACGCCGAAGCACACACUGAAAGGGCAUAUUGGCUGGGUUCUGGGUGUGAACUGGAGGCCAGACGGGAAACAACUGGCAACGUGCUCCAUGGAUAAGACGGUCCGGAUAUGGGACCCAGAAACGGGCAAGCCGUUCGGGCAAGAGCUCAAGGGCCAUGCCAAGUGGGUGCUGGGACUGGCAUGGGAGCCGUACCACUUAUGGAGAGAUGGCACCCCGCGUCUGGCAAGCGCUAGCAAAGACGGUACUUGCCGAAUAUGGGUCGUGAACACAGGCCGUACUGAGCACGUCCUGAGCGGCCACAAGGGGUCAGUCAGCUGUGUGCGAUGGGGCGGCACCGGGAUGAUCUACACAGGUUCCCACGACAAGUCUGUGCGGGUCUGGGAUGCUGUGAAGGGCACUCUGGUGCACAACUUCACCGCUCACGGGCACUGGAUCAACCACAUUGCCUUGUCGAGCGACCAUGCCCUUCGCACCGCCUACUUUGAUCAUACGCAGGAGGUGCCCGAAACCGAGGAAGGCAAACGAGAGAAGGCGAGGGAGAGAUUUGAGAAGGCCGCUAAGAUCCAGGGGAAGAUCGCGGAGCGCCUGGUCUCGGCGAGCGACGACUUCACCAUGUAUUUGUGGGAUCCGACCAACAACGGUAACAAGCCCGUAGCCAGGUUGUUGGGUCACCAAAACAAGGUGAACCAGGUGCAGUUCUCCCCCGACGGCACUCUCAUCGCCAGCGCGGGGUGGGACAACCAUACAAAACUUUGGAACGCCAGGGAUGGCAAGUUUCUCAAGAGUCUACGGGGCCACGUCGCACCGGUGUACCAGUGCGCUUGGUCUGCCGACAGCAGACUGCUGGUCACAGGCAGCAAAGACUGCACCCUCAAGGUGUGGAACGCACGGAAUGGCAAUCUCGCCAUGGACCUGCCGGGCCAUGAAGACGAGGUUUAUGCCGUCGACUGGGCGGCCGACGGCAAGAUGGUCGGCUCAGGCGGGAAGGACAGAGCUGUCAGGACUUGGAGGAACUGA